AUGCCAAGGUCAAGUCAUUUAAGGGUUUUGUGUCUGAGUGGUUAUUGCAUUGAUGAGCUACCUCAUCAAAUUGGUGGUUUGAUUCGACUAAGGUACUUUAAUUUAUCUCACACCAGAAUCAAAUCAUUGCCUGAUUCUUUGGGUUCUCUUAUCAACUUGCAGACAUUGAUAUUGCAUGGGUGCAAGAACCUUAUUAAGCUUCCUCGAGCAAUUGGGAACCUGCUUAAUCUUCAUGUUCUUGAUCUUACUGAUACCGUUAAUUUGACUGAGAUGCCUAUGCAUAUCGGUAAUCUGAAAAAUCUACAGAUUUUGUCCAAAUUCGUUGUGCAGAAGGAUGGGGGGCCUAACAUUGGAGAAUUGAAGGGCUUGUUGCAUUUGCGAAAGGAGCUUUCUAUUCGUGGACUUCAAAAUGUGGUUGAUACUCGAGAUGCUAGGGAGUGCAUUCUGAAAGAUAAACAGGGCCUUGACAGCUUAGAGUUGCAAUGGAGUCAUCGUGGACAUGGGACGAACGACAGACAGUGA